AAAAAAAGCACACUUUUAAUUUCUUUCAUGCAAAAAAAUACAAAAAAAUCCAAAAAAAAAUAAAAAACAUUAAAAAAUUAUUAAAAAAAUACAUAAAACAAGUGAAAAUUCCAAAAAUACACGCUGAUUUUUAGUUUUUUUGUUUUUCAUUGAAAACGUGUCAAGAAAGAAGAGUUUUUUGAAGAGAGAUAGAAAAUCGACGGACAGCAAGAAAACACAACAUAAAGAUGGCUUCAUUAUAUGUAGGAGACUUGCAUGCUGAUGUGACUGAGGCGAUGCUUUUUGAGAAAUUUUCAACAGUAGGACCAGUUCUCUCGAUUCGUGUUUGUCGUGAUGUCAUUUCCCGUCGAUCGCUCGGCUAUGCAUAUGUCAACUUCCAGCAACCAGCAGACGCUGAACGUGUUCUUGAUACAAUGAAUUUCGAUACAAUUAAAGGACGUCCCAUUCGCAUUAUGUGGUCACAACGUGAUCCCUCACUCCGUAAAUCGGGUGUUGGUAAUGUGUUUAUCAAGAAUUUAGACAAGACGAUUGAUAACAAGGCUAUGUAUGACACAUUCUCUGCCUUUGGAAGUAUUUUGAGUUGCAAAGUAGCCACAGAUGAAACUGGACAAUCGAAGGGAUAUGGAUUCGUACAUUUUGACACAGAAGAAGCAGCAAAUAACUCGAUUGAUCGUGUAAACGGAAUGUUGUUGAACGAAAAGAAAGUUUACGUUGGACGUUUCAUUCCACGCAAGGAACGUGAGAAGGAAUUAGGAGAAAAGGCAAAAUUGUACACAAAUGUGUAUGUUAAGAACUUUGGUGACGAAUUGACUGACGAAACAUUACUCUCGAUGUUUGAACCUUUUGGUAAAGUAACUUCACACCGCGUCAUGAUUAAGGACGGAAAGUCUCGUGGAUUUGGAUUUGUUGCCUUUGAAUCGGCUGAUGCUGCCGAAGAUGCCGUUAAAGCUUUAGAUGGCAAGAAGUUGAAUGACGAUAAGACAUUGUAUGUUGGUCGUGCACAAAAGAAAUUCGAACGUCAAAUGGAAUUGAAACGCAAGUUUGAACAAAUCAAGAUUGAACGCAUGUCACGCUACCAAGGAGUCAACUUGUAUGUUAAGAAUUUGGACGAUUCAAUUGAUGACGAGCGCUUACGUAAAGAAUUUACUCCAUUUGGAACAAUUACAAGCGCAAAAGUAAUGAUGGAAGAUGGACGAUCAAAAGGAUUUGGUUUCGUUUGCUUCUCAGCUGCUGAGGAAGCCACAAAAGCAGUCACUGAAAUGAAUGGACGUAUUGUUGGAUCCAAGCCAUUGUAUGUUGCUUUGGCUCAAAAGAAGGAAGAACGUAAAGCACAUUUGACUUCCCAAUAUAUGCAACGUAUGACAAAUAUGCGUAUGCAACAAAUGGGUCAAAUUUUCCAACCAGGCGGUGCCGGAGGAUAUUUCGUUCCAACAAUUCCACAACCUCAACGUUUCUAUGGACCAGCAGUUACACAAUUGCGUACUACCCCAAGAUGGGCAAGUCAACCACAAGUUCGUCAACCACAAACUGCUGCUGCCGCAUAUCCAAACAUGGCAGCUGUUAAUGCUACUCCAUAUCGUCCAGGUGGUGCUGGCGCUGUUGCUCGUCAACCAGUUCAAGGAAAUGCCCAAAAUCAAUCGGCACAAAAUGCUGCAUUACGCAACUCGGCUCGUCCAAUUACUGGACAACAAGCAGCAGCUCAAAUCCAACAAGGACGUGCAAUGAAUGCACCAGUUGCUCAACGUGGUGCUCCAACAAGCUACAAAUAUACACCAAACAUGCGCAAUGCUCCACAAACUGUCCCAAUGCCUGUUCAACCAACAGCACAACAAGCUGUUGUCGUUAAGGGACAAGAACCAUUGACUGCAAGUAUGUUGGCUGCUGCACAACCAGCUGAACAAAAGCAAAUGCUUGGCGAACGUUUGUUCCCAUUAAUCGAACACAUGUAUCCAGCUUUAGCCGGUAAAAUCACAGGAAUGUUGUUGGAAAUUGACAACUCUGAAUUGCUGCACAUGCUUGAACAUAAUGAGUCAUUGAAAUCCAAGGUCGAAGAAGCUGUUGCUGUUUUGCAUGUCCAUCAAAACAAACAAAAUCCCAAGAUUGAAUAAACAAACUGUCCAUCGAUGACCUCGUCUUCAUCUCUUGCACGAUGAAAAGCAAUUUCAAAUGAAAAACAUAUAAAAGAAGAAAUCUACGAGAAAGAAGUUAAAACAUGAAGAAUGAAGAAAAUAAAAAUGCAUAAUAAAAACAAGCAAGUAUAUAAAAAAUAUUAAAAAAUCCAAAAAAAGAGUAAAAUUUAUAAAAAAUCCAAUGCAAAAAAAAAAUAUAAAAAAAUUUAAAAAUACAAAAUAUAAAAAAAUAAAAAAUGAAAAAUGAAGAGAAAAUUUGAAACGGAACAUACGCGACUAAAAAAAAAUAUACAACACAAGAAAACCUUUGUAGUAAAUGAGAAAAAAAGAUAAAAAAAACUUUCAAAUAUUAAAAAAUCAACAAAAAAAUCGAAAAAUCAAAUUGAGGAAAAAAAUCUCAAAAAAUAGGAAACUGUUCCAAAAGAAUUUGUGAAACAAUAUCUUUUUCUUUAACUUAUAUUUUUGAAAAAAAAAAGGCACGGUAGAAACAUAUUCCGUGUUUAUUGUUUCUUUUUGAAAAGACUUUUUUUUAUUGUUCGUUAGACAUUUUCCUUAAAAUUCAAAUCAAAAAUUUUUUUUUCUCUUAAAAAACUUUUGAUCGUAAACCACAACUUUCAUUUUUAUAUCAAUUAUUAACCAAUUUUAAAAAUUUUGUUUUUUUUAAAAAAACGGUAUCAAAACGAUUUAGAUGGAAAACAGGAUUUUUUUUUAUGUUAUCGAUAUUUGUAUAAGAUAUGAAAUAUAUAAAAUAAUCGCGGGAAUUUUAUACAAUUUUCUAAUUAAUUUCUUUUAUUCGUUUGUCAUUCAAUUACUAGCCUGAUUACAUCCAAUAUUAUGAUUAUUACUACUAUUAUAAUACAGAAACCGAUUAUAUAAAAAAAAUUAUAUUAUGAACUAUGAUGAUGAAAAAAAAUCUUUUAUAUCCAAUUAUAAAAAAUUUCUAAUAACUACAUACAUUUUUAAAGGAUAAAUGAUUAUAUUGAGAAUAAAAAAAUCUUUAAAAAACAUAGAAAAAAAAAGCGUAAAAGAAGAAAAAAAUACUUUUGAGGCAAAAAAAACCAACAAACCUUUUUUGAUAAAGAACGAAACAAGCUCUAAACAUAUAGAACACGCGCGAAACUUUGAAAUUUUUUUAGAAAAAUUCAGGGAAAGGUGAAUAAAAUGUAAUUAAGUAAGGAGAAACUUUGUAACACUUGUGAACCGAUGAUUUUUUUGAAUAAAGAACAAGAGAGCUGGA